AUGUCUCGCCACAGGACCAUGGACCCUGCGCAAAUCAAGCGCCAGAUCGCCCAGGGCGAGCCCAUUGUCAUCCAUGAGGGCUACGCCUUGAACCUCGCAGAAUGGAUCGACAGGCAUCCGGGCGGCCGUCUCGCCAUCCUGCACAUGGUGGGCCGAGACGCGACCGACGAAAUCAACAUUUACCAUUCCACCAAGGCCCUGCUCAUGAUGACAAAGCACCGCGUCGGCCGCGUGCAGUUACCAUGGGCCAACCUCGAGCCGCCAAUCAGGUCGCCCGACUACUACAAGAACCUCGACGAGAAGAAGCGAUUGGGCGCCGCGAGUGAAAUCGUGAAGCAGCGACGCGGCAAAAGCGUCGACCUGGGAUCUGCCGCCGCUAUCAUCAGCAAAAAGUUGAUCGGGAAACCAGACUCGUGUGUAUACCGAUCCAGCAGCAGACCCGCAAUCGAUUCGGAGAAGCUCCCGCUCGUCGACGAGGAUGCCCAGGCCUUCACCAUCACUGCGGCAGAGGAGAAGAGGAGACACCGCGAGCAAUACGCCAUCGAGCAAGAAACGCACGAGAUACAGCAGGGCAUUCGCGAGAACCCUUCGCUCGACGUCGAGACGCAAAAGGCCAUAAUACAAGACUACCGCGCGCUGCAUCAACAGAUCAAGGAUGAGGGCCUCUACCAAUGUCGCUACUCCGAAUACGCCAAAGAGUCGAUACGAUAUGCAUGUCUCUUUGCCGCCUUUGCCACCCUCCUGUACAUCAAGUGGUACCUCACAUCAGCCAUCUUCCUCGGCUUGUUCUGGCAACAAAUCAUGUUCACAGCGCACGACGCCGGACACCGCGGCAUAACAGGAAAUUUCAUCACCGACACGCUCAUCGGCGCCUUCAUCGCAGACUUUUGCUGCGGCCUCAGCAUCGGCUGGUGGAAAUCCAGCCACAACGUGCACCACCUCAUCACCAACAUGCCCGAGCACGACCCAGAUAUCCAGAACAUUCCCUUGUUCUCCACAUCGCCCACCUACAUGAAGUCGAUCCUUUCGUCCUUUUACAACUUCCAGUUUGUCUGGGAUGCCGCGUGCGACGUCAUCGUUCCCUACCAAAAGUACCUCUACUACCCCGUCAUGGCCCUGGCGAGAUUCAACCUGUACUUCCUGAGCUGGCUGCACCUGUGCUCGCCUCGCGCCGCGCAGCUAGGCGCCGCCUGGUGGACGCGCCCCGUCGAGAUCGUCUUCAUGUGCUGCUACUGGUAUCUCUUCGGUUACCUCCUUGUGUGGGUGACGCUGCCCACCUGGCCGAUUCGCAUUGGCUUUGUCCUGAUUUCGCACCUCGUCACCAUGGUGCUGCACGUGCAAAUUACCCUGUCCCACUGGGGCAUGCCGACGUCUGAUCUCGGGCCUACCGAGUCGUUUCCCCAGCGCCAGAUGCGCACCACCAUGGACGUCGACUGCCCGCCGUGGCUCGACUGGUUCCACGGCGGUCUGCAGUUCCAGGCUGUGCACCACCUUUUCCCCCGUGUUCCGCGCCACAACCUCCGCAGAGGCCAGGAACUGGUUCGCGAGUUUUCGUCAAAAACAGGUGUCAAGUAUCAUUGCUAUGGCUUCGUCGAGGGCAACAAGGUCGUCAUUAGCCGCUUGGAGCAGAUCUCGCAGAUGGUCAAGAUCAUGAUUGAUUGCCAGAACCACAUGGCUGAGACGGGCGAGAGCGGAUUGCAUUGA